AUGGACUGGGACCUUGAUAUGGACGAUGUCGCCGAGGGCUUUGCUCCUCCCACCGCGACAAUUACCGAUAGCACAAACGCUGGAGUAUCCAUCACGGCAUCCUCUACCACGGCCGACCACGACCUAGAAAGCUCAACCCUAGUGCCCAACAAGGUCCACAUCCGAGGGCUGGAGACGUUGACGACGGACGAUAUCAAGACAUACGUGAAGGAUCACUACGGUCCCACGAACAGGGUCGAAUGGAUCGACGAUGAGUCUGCGAACCUGGUCUUUGGAUCCGAAUCUUCGGCGCAGGACGCGUUGAAAGCUUUGAGCGCCGUCGAAAUCGCCGACGUGACCCAAUUGCCCAUCAACGAAAACAUUCCAGCCAAGGCCGUCGCAUCCAAGCCAGAGGUCAACCUGCAAAUCCGAUUUACGGUCAUCUCCGAUAAGAAGGCGCCCGGUGCGGCCCAGAGAAGCAGAUUCUAUCUUUUCCACCCCGAAUUCGACCCCGAGGAAAGAAUGCGACGCGAGGGAAGCAGGAACAGGUACCGCGACCGCAGUGGAGACGAUCGCUACCGCCGUAACGGCCGCGGCAGAAGCCAAAGAGACCGAGAACCAAGCGUAGAAGUAUUCCACGCGAGCAUGUACGACGACGAAGACCCAUCAGUGGACCGCGGCUAUAGAACUACACGGCAACGGAGAAGAUCCCAUUCCAGAGGUUCAAGCUCGCGCGGAGAUCAGUCCUAUACGUCUCGUAACCAGGAGAAGGAGCUCUUUCCGGGUCGAGGAUCAGGAGCAGGAAGGGGUCAGCGAAACCGCUCAGCGUCGCCCAUGAGGGAUAUCGACGGCGACGCGGCAAUGGACGUGGAGGCAGCACGUGUAUUGAGACCCAGCAACAGAGAAAGAGCAUCUGGUAUCAGGGAACGUCUGACAAAAGACAACAGAGCAAAGGAGCUAUUCCCCACCAAGAGCUUAUCAGCUGGCCAGACACAUAUGGAUCGGGUCAUGGAUGGUGCUGAGGAGACUACACGACUCAUGCAGCGAAACCUAUCAAUGACCUACGACAACGGCGCCAAGAAGGACUUGUUCGACAUCCGAGGCAGAGCUGAGAAACAGGGCGCCAACCCUGGCUUUGCCAUCAAGGGCGCAGCGGGCGCAAACGUCAAGGAGCUGUUCCCGGAUCGCUUUGGGGGCGGCAACACAGGAAAAGAGCUCUUUGCCGACAAUUUGGAGGGCCGGGGCCGCAGGCGACAGAAGGCUGAGGAUCUGUUCUCUUAG